GUCCUGGGCCCAAGCCCACUCAAGAAAGCCCAAACCCUAUAUAAGGAGGCCUAACCCUCCAAACUAAAGACUCUCUCCUUUCCCUUCCUCACUUUCCCCUAAGGUCUCUCUCUCUACUUUAUCUCUCUACAUACCAUACGCUCUCCUAUAUCGUACUAACUUGGGCGUCGGAGCGUAUCCCGGGGGCCGCCCCCGCCUCACAGGUUCUUCCCCUCUCGCGGAGAUCAGACGAAGGAGUCCAGAUCGGAGCCUCACAACCGCCUAGAACAUUCUAGGCACAAACACUUUCUUAUUUCGAUUUCUUAGUUUUGGGUAGGAAAUACAUUGAUUUCUUGUAGUUGAGGUUAUGGGAAGAAGACCCCUUCGGCCAAGUUAGAAAUCCAUUGUCAUUCAAUUCAUGGAUUGUUAGAUUCUAUUCUUGAAGACUAACUAUGCGAACAAAGUCCUUAGCUUUACUGACACACAAAAGUCGGCUAACAAUGCAACCAAAAAGGAUUCCAGGCUUUCGCCUCUUGUUGUUCAAAGGGUAUACCUUUACGAGGAUGGGAUUCUGAGGAACCCUCGAGCAAUCUUGUAAAGAAGGCAACGAGAUGCUUUCCUUGAGAAUGGAGGCUUGUGUUAUCCAAAUCAAACUAUGAUAAACAUGCUCUUUAUGCCAGCAAUGUUCUCAGGCUUCACCAUCAAAAUAACACAGCCAGCUAAGGGAAGUUUUCGGUUUAAAUCUCAGAGCACAACUCUCUUCCAGAAAUGGACUACCUGAUCAGGCAAAACAAGGGGAGGGUUUCUGGAAAGCCAAAAUCUGCAGCAGAGGGAGAGGCUAGCAGUUCCAGAGAAAGAAGAAUCCCUGUGCAGAAGACCGAGUCCUUCAAAGAGAAAAAGAGGGUAUGGUUCGGUAGACAGUUCUCAAGGCAAACCGAUCGAGAUUCUGAUUCAAUGGCGAUUGACCAAGCAGCUGCUGUUGCUGCUGCUGCAUUUGCCAUUGCAGUUUCAAAAAGGCCAAGCUUUUCAGAACCUAGAAGGAAAGCAUUGGAGGAAGCUCCUCCUCGACCUCCUCUGAGACGAACAAAGAGCGAAAGACUCGGGUCUGUAUCAAUAAGAGAUUCAGAAGGAACUACAGACGGCAACAUUGAUGAUUACGAUGAAAAACCAGCUGCAGAGGUUGUUGGUCCCGUUUCAUCAAUGAAAAGGACAUCAACAUUUGCUGAUGUGCCUGCUUCCUCAAUGAAGAAAGCUCCAAGUUAUUCUGAAAAACCUGUUUCAUCGAUGAAAAAGGCACCAUCCUUCACGAAUAAGCCUGUUCUAUCCAUGGAAAGGUUGCCAACUGCAACCCAAUUGCAAUUGAACGUCUCGGAUGGUAAGAGGAAGGAGAAAAUCCCUGAAUCACAAACUGAGCAGCACUUGACAAAACCUGAAGUUUCCUUAGCAAAACCAGAUGGAACUCUUAAGCCUGUAAUCCCGCCUUCUAAGCCUUCCAGAAGGACUGGGAUUGGAGAGUCAACAGCAGAUGCCUGGGAGAGGGUUCAAUUGGAGAAGCUGAAAGAGAAGUAUGAGCAGCAAGAUGACCAGAUAGUCUCCUGGGAGAGCGAAAAGAAAGCAAAAGCCAGACGCCGACUUGAUAAAACUGAGAGUGAAUUGGAGAGGACAAGGUUGAAAGCCUUGGAAAGAUUUCGCAGUGACAUGGACACUGUCACUCAGAUUGCAGGAGGAGCAAGAGCAAAGACAGCUGAGAAGCAGAAGAUUGAAGAGUUGAAAGUGAAACAGAAAGCAGAUAUAAUUAGAAGCACAGGCAAAGUUCCAAGAAGUACAUGUUUCUGCUUCUGAGUGUUGGCCACUAUAUGGCACCUUCAGUAAUUUGUUGGUUUGAGGUUGAGUUUAUAAAUGUAAAGUCGUAACACUUCUUUCACGGAUGUAUAUACAAUAUCUCAAUACAUUGACUAUGUAAAACUAAUUUCUUUGUGUUGAACAAUAUUGAUAAAGAAGCACAAGAUCAAUUACAAGGAAAGAGGAUAAAGAACAAUAUUCGCU